AACUCCCAGGAUGCGUUGCGACAGCAUUCUUAACCCAAGACUUCCCUGAGACUGAACCCUUCCGCCCGUUCUCUGGGCCGCACAGCUCUGACUAGAAAGGCUGGUCCGGUGGCCGAGGCUGGCGUUGUCCUGAGAGGGAGGGCUCGGUGUGGAAGAGAUGAAUCGGACUAAAGGUGAUGAGGAGGAGUAUUGGAACAGCUCCAAGUUCAAGGCUUUCACCUUUGAUGAUGAAGAUGAUGAGCUCUCACAGUUAAAGGAAUCAAAGAGGGCCGUGAAUAGCCUUCGAGAUUUCGUGGAUGAUGAUGAUGACGACGACCUGGAGCGAGUCAGCUGGAGUGGAGAGCCUGUGGGAAGUAUCUCAUGGUCCAUCAAAGAGACUGCUGGUAAUAGUGGGUCAAGCCAUGAGGGACGUGAACAGCUAAAGAACCGAAACAGCUUCUCCUAUGCACAGCUACCCAAACCUACUUCUACCUACUCCCUGAGCAGCUUCUUUAGAGGUAGAACUAGACCUGGAAGUUUCCAGUCCCUUUCUGAUGCUCUGUCGGACACACCUGCCAAAAGCUAUGCUCCAGAACUGGGGAGGCCCAAGGGGGAGUAUAGGGAUUACAGCAAUGAGUGGAGCCCCAGUGACACAGUACGACGCCUCCGGAAGGGCAAGGUCUGUUCACUAGAAAGAUUCCGCUCCUUACAGGACAAGCUACAACUCCUGGAGGAGGCAGUAAGCAUGCAUGAUGGAAACGUCAUUACUGCAGUUUUGAUCUUCUUGAAGAGGACACUGAGCAAAGAAAUACUCUUCCGAGAGCUGGAGGUGCGACAGAUUGCCCUGAGACAUUUCAUUCACUUCCUUAAGGAAAUAGGGGAUCAAAAGCUGCUUUUAGAGCUCUUCAGGUUCCUAGAUAGAACAGAAGAGCUUGCGCUAACUCAUUAUCGAGAGCAUUUGAACAUUCAGGACCCUGAGAAGCGAAAAGAAUUUCUUAAGACCUGCAUUGGUUUGCCAUUUUCAGCAGAAGAUUCUGCACACAUACAAGACCAUUAUACGCUCCUGGAACGUCAAAUCAUUAUUGAGGCAAAUGAUCGGCAUCUAGAGUCAGCAGGACAGACUGAGAUCUUCCGAAAGCACCCACGCAAAGCUUCCAUCCUCAACAUGCCACUAGUGACAACGCUUUUCUACUCCUGCUUCUAUCACUACAUGGAGGCCGAGGGGACAUUCAGCAGUCCUAUCAACCUGAAGAAGACAUUUAAGAUCCCAGACAAACAGUAUGUGCUGACAGCCCUGGCUGCUCGUGCCAAACUUCGAGCCUGGCAUGACGUAGAUGCCCUCUUCACCACAAAGAACUGGCUGGGUUACACCAAGAAGAGAGCACCCAUCGGCUUUCAUCGAGUUGUGGAAAUUUUGCACAAGAACAGUGCCCCUGUCCAGAUAUUACAGGAGUAUGUCAAUUUGGUAGAAGAUGUGGACACAAAAUUAAACUUAGCUACUAAGUUCAAGUGCCAUGAUGUCGUCAUUGAUACCUGCCGAGACCUGAAGGAUCGUCAGCAGUUGCUAGCAUACAGGAGCAAGGUAGAUAAAGGAUCCGCAGAGGAAGAGAAGAUCGAUACCAUUCUCAGCAGCUCGCAAAUUCGAUGGAAGAAUUAAAGGGCAUUAGCUACCCUGAAACCUGCCUCAUUUCUUCCUUUCUGCCUGUGAAAGUAGAGAGUCCUCUUCUUUGGGAGAGUUACAGCAUCACAUCACUUGGCCCCAUCAUUCAACAGGCAGUGCCUACUAAUCUUGGGACAGAAAUCAGCACCUGGACACAGAGAGCUUCAGACUGAUCUUCUGUACAAGGGAUGUUAUCUAAAGGCCACAAUUUAACUCUCUGACUUAUGAGAAAGAUACUCUCCACCUGGUGCUCAUGUGAAGGUGGGAGUCCAUAUUGGGUAAGAUCUCUCUUGGUCUAAGAAAAGUGACCAUUCUUGAAAGGAACUCUCCUAGAAUAAGAGGUAUAGGUGUCACAGGGUAGCUGCUUCAUUUCCUCUUAGCUAAUUAUGGUCCAGAACCUAGUGCUGGAUGUUUGCAGUUCUGCUCUGAAGGAAGAGAGAACAGAACCAAAUUGGCUGUAUUCCAGGGGCCUCUGGAAGUGGGGCCAGUACUGCUCAGGACCUGCUGAAGACACACUCAAACCAGGCUGUGCAACCCUUCUUCAUUAUGUCAGAUGUUGCUAAGAUAUUGUGUUUCUUCAGCUAAAACCCCUCUGCUGUCCCAGUCUACUUUUCCCCCCAAAACUUAGGAUUCCUCUCUCACCGGCAUACUGAGAUGACCUUGAUGAGAUAUCGCCCUUAUCUUUUACUAUCCCAGACCCACCACAUUAUGCAGAGCUCAGAUUCAGCAGUGCUGGAGUUUUCCCUUUAGGCAAAAAUCUCAUUAUCUUCCCAGAAGUGUCCAGAGAGUUUCACCUAGGCUAAACUCAGCAGCAUUUCUCUGAGGAUAUUUAAAUGGAGGUUUUAUUUUCACACUUGACUUUUGACAGAAUGUUCGGUGAUGCUGUUUUCUGCCCUGUACCAAUAUCAGCCUGUUUGACUGACCUGGGUUUUCAUACAUGCCUACACUCCUAAUAAAGCUUUUUCGUCCUUUG